AAAAGGCAAACACCAUAAGAGAGCGAGGCCAGACCUUUUGCUGCUCUCAUCAAUCAAAUUUUGAACUCCCAAACGCCGGUCUUAGUUAGAAGCAAGAAGAGAAAAAUGGUUGGACCAAUUAGACCUCAGUUCGUGUUGUUUGGAUCAUCCAUAGUGCAGCUAAGUUUUGGCGACGAAGGAUGGGGUGCUGCUCUAUCUGAGAAGUAUGCUCGUAAGGCAGAUGUUGUGCUGCGAGGAUAUGGAGGUUGGACUUCAAGGAAUGCCCUAAAAGUUCUUGAUCAAGUUUUUCCAGAGCAUGACUCAGUACAACCUUCACUGGUUAUUGUUUACUUUGGAGGCAAUGAUUCAAUGGAACCUCCUACAUCAGUUGGUCCUCUUGUUCCACUCCCUGAAUACAAAGAGAACAUAAGGAGAAUUGCUUUGCAUCUAAAGGGCUUAUCGGAGACCACUCGCAUUAUUUUUCUCGGCGUUCCUCCUGUAAAUGAGAAAAUGCUUCAAGAAAUUCACGGUGACAAAACGGGUCGAACCAAUGAGGGGUGUCGGAUAUAUUCAGAAGCUUGUUCAGAAGUGAGUAAAGAAAUGGGAAUCGCAACCAUUGAUCUUUGGACUGCAAUGCAAGAGAGGGAAGAUUGGUUGACUGCCUGCUUUACGGAUGGAGUUCAUCUGUCAGGAGAGGGGAGUGAAACAGUGGUAAAGGAGAUAAUGAGAGUCCUUAAAGAAGCUGAUUGGAAACCAAGUCUAUACUGGGCCUCAAUGCCAACUGAAUUUGCUGGAAUUUCACCACUUGAUCCGCAGACCGAGGGCACCACCACCGCCAACCACCACAGUAUUUGAUGGACCAAUCUUUUCUUAAGGGAGGGAAAGACAGAGAGAGACACCCACUAGGGCAAAAUUUCAUAUAGAGAGUAAUUUUAGAUACAAGCUAAGACUGCUAGUUCAACAACAAAAUAUCAAAAAAAAACUUUUAUUAGCAAACAGAUAAAGUAUUUUGUAUUUUCAGAUACAUAAGAGAUAAUAAAUAAAAGAUAUACAUUUUAAGUUUUACACACUAAGUGCUACUUUGCUGCUCAUGAGAUACUUCAAAGGGUACCUCCUAGUUUAUAAUUAAUACAAGUAACAACGUAGCUAUAGUUUGUGAAAGCACCCAAAAGAAGAGAG